AUGCUCAUUCUGUUCCCUCUCUCUCGCUCUCUAUCUCAAUCAACAAGCUUCAAGAAACUUCAACUCUCUCACCCUCUCAAGACAACAAACAGCAAACAUUGUUACCUCUUAAAUUCUAAGAUUCAACCACACCUCCCAACACCAAAGAUGUCUCCCGGCUGGCUUGAGAACAUGUUCGUUAAGCGCCAACCCGGCCCGGACCCGCUCCGCAGUAAGGCAGAGCCUGUCUUGAAGAUGCAUUACACAGCCCUUAGAAGCAAUCGUCGUAUUCUCGGCGUCGAGGGCGACACGAAACCGCGUUACGAAGGAAAGCGAAAUGAAAUCAUCGGAACCUGGGGGAGCAAGAUUUAUGUCACGGCGCCUGCCGAAGGAAACAGAGAAGUGUGCAUGCUUGACUUCCACUUGACCAGGAACAGCGUCGAGUUCAAGCAGCGCGACGGCUAUGAACUCAACGUCAAGGCAGAGUCCUACGAGUCCAAGCUCGGUCUCGGCCGCCUGACUUUCAAAGCGGCCAACAUGGUUCCUUACGGCAGGGCUGACUGGGAGCUCAGAAGCGAGUCAGAGCUCAUUGCUUCAGUGGAGAUUGACGAUCACCAAGUCGAAGGCUUGAUCUGCAUCUGGAAGGAUGGCCUUGAUGCUCUAACGACGGAGGAGCUUAUCAUGGUCGGACUGUCUCAGAUCGAGCAAUACAAGAAGAUGCUGAGGCACGCAAAGAGUUCCGGAUUGACGGCGAUAGGUGCUGACAGUGCGGCAUGGUUGGUGGGACACCAUGAUUAA